AUGCGUCAGGCGGUGUUCAUCAUGAGAUGCUUGCCCAAGAAAAGUACCUGCAUCUGCUUCUGCUGUGGACGAAGGGUCUGCACUAACCUGGGACCAUUUGGUCCCCCUGAGAGUCACAGUUCAAACCAGGAUUCUCAGGAUCAGCUUGUCUAUGGCACUGGCCCCAUGGCUCAAGGUCAUAUUUAUGACACAAGACCCCAGGGAGACCCUGCCCUUACCUGCCACUCCCAUUCCCGACUAUUUUGUGACAGUAAGAAGGUGGUCCAUGCCACAGAGGGGCUGGAUUGGGAAGACAAAGAUGCGCCUGGGACAUUGGUUGGAAACGUGGUGCACUCAAGGAUCAUCAAUCCUCUGCGCCUGUUUGUUAAACAGUCUCCAGUCCCAAAGCCUGGACACUUGGCGUAUGCGGACAGCAUGGAGAACUUUUGGGAUUGGCUGGCCAAUAUCACGGAGGUUCAGGAGCCAUUGGCAAGAACUAAACGGAGGCCAAUAGUAAAAACGGGAAAAUUUAAGAAGAUGUUUGGAUGGGGUGAUUUCCAUUCCAACAUUAAAACUGUCAAACUCAACCUCCUCAUCACAGGGAAAAUUGUCGACCACGGAAAUGGAACCUUCAGUGUUUAUUUCCGACACAAUUCCACAGGCCUGGGCAAUGUUUCAGUGAGUUUGGUACCCCCCUCCAAAGUGGUGGAAUUUGAAGUUUCCCCGCAGUCGACCUUGGAGACCAAGGAGUCCAAAUCUUUCAACUGUCGCAUUGAAUAUGAAAAAACAGACCGGGCGAAGAAGACUGCCCUGUGCAACUUUGACCCAUCGAAGAUCUGCUACCAGGAGCAGACUCAGAGCCAUGUGUCUUGGUUGUGCUCCAAACCCUUCAAGGUCAUUUGCAUUUACAUUGCCUUUUACAGUGUUGAUUAUAAACUUGUGCAGAAAGUCUGUCCCGACUACAAUUACCAUAGUGAGACUCCAUACUUAUCUUCUGGCUGAAUUUUUUCCACAGUGAUGUAAAUGAGGGAUGAAUAUAUAUUUAAUUAGAAUGACCAAGAACCAAGCCCAGCUCCUCAUGAUAAAGGAUCCCUUUUGUUUCUGGCAGUGAACUUUAGUUCCCUAUUAGAUUUUCAAAUUUAAAAAAAAGAAAGAAAAAUAAACCUCUUUAAAUGUGUAAUGUGUUUGUUUUGUUACCUUAAUCUAAAAAGUCAAACUAUGUCUGAAGCCAUCGCUCCCUUGCAGGAUGGCUAAGUCCUAGAAAUACUGUUGUUUCUCUAAAAGAAGCAUCAAUGGUAGCAACACGUAAUGAGAAAGAACCGAAUUAUGCAUGUGAUAAACAUUGCUCUUGAAAUGGGCCUGCCUUUGAAAUAUGUUUUGGAAGGUUACCUUAAAAAUAGCAGAUUCCAUAAAGUAACUGAAAAGAUUGUAUUUGAUAGAGAAUUCACAUUUCUGACAUCAAUUUCUCGUUUUUAUUGCUGUCUUUCUCCCCAUAUCUAUGCUGUUAUUGAUAGGAGAUUUGAAGGGGUAAAAUUUGUUUCAGACCCCAUGUAUGAAGUUACAGUGCCACAGUGGAACAGAACACAUUAUUAUCUGAGCUUGAGUGGGAUGUGACAUAAACAUUUAGCCCUGAGCUAGUCACCAUCCUGAGGAUACUCGUCUGAGUAGUAAUAUUGAUGGGUUGGGAAAGCUAAUCUGGUUAUAUUUUAAGUCAGUCCCACAAUAAUGAAGGUCACGAUGUUUUUAGAUUCUUUUACCAAAUUCAAGGCUGUGAGAUUGCCAAAAAUACCAUUACAUCUCUAUUCACUCUAUAACCUAUAGCUUUAUUCUAUUCAUUUGAUAGUGUGAUUUUAUAUACACAUAUAGAACAGCUCUGAAAGUGGUUGUUGCCUAGAGGUUAGAAUAGGGAAAACAAUUGGAAGUGGACUGACAAAAUUUCAGGAUGAUGGAUUCAUUAUUUCUAGCCUCCCAGAUUCAGUUUUGUUUGCGUAUAGUUAAUUAUUUGAAUGAGGGAUUGAAUUCUACGUGGAAAUAAAGAGUAUAUUUAAACAUUACUGAUUAAGUGCUAACAAUGAGGACACCUGAUUCACCAGGCUUUUGAAUUCACUUCAACAUCAAUGUAUCCUCACAGUUGGUGUCCUUGCCGUCUUCUCUGAGGGGGUGGACAGCCAUCCAGCCUUGUAGAACUGGAUGCUCUUUGCAUUAGCCCAGAAAGGGGUGUCUGGUUGGCCAGUAAUGUUUCUAGAACUUGUAAGAUUCAUGAAAUCUUUUUAUAAUAGGUGUUAACUUUAUCCCCCCACCCUUUAUUUGUAAAAUAUCAGUUGAAGUAAUACAUUAAACUGAAGGAAGACCAGUCUAACCAACAACAGUGCUUUUACCGCAUUGUUUAACAAGCCAACGGCUCUGUCCUGUACUUUGCUUCUCCAUUCCUUUCCUUUUACUGGUGAUCUCUGUACAGUGUUUGAUUUUGUCUUUUGUAAAAAUUGUACUAGGCUUAGUGUGUGGUAGUACAGGCCUGACAUUUUUGCUCUGAGUUCAUCAGGUGCUUUUGCAAUUUUGUGGUCAGUGUGAAAUAUUUUGAGGCAUCUUUUUAUUUUCAUCUAGAAACAAGAUUAAAAUACUAUUUAUUGUAAA